CACGCGGGGAUUAGUGACGCCAACACUGAUGACCCCAUCGGGAGUGGCACCGUGCGUUCCCGAAACUAUUCCGGGAGUGUACACGACCCACCCGAGCAAGCGUUACUCCGCCUUUCCGUUCUGUAAGCAAGCUACAUUUUUGUGUGGCCACUCUGGGCAAUGGCUACAACCUUUAGCUGUUUAAAAAUAUUGACAACAAGCUAGUAAAGCCUCCUACUCGGUUAAAAAACAACGGGUAGUUUGGCUUUGAGAGGCUUUUGACCGGUGAAUGCAUAGAGUCAAGAAGGUCAAGCUUUGCGAGACAAAAGAGGGUAUUUGGAAAAGCUGUGUUACAGUUAGGAUGACGGCUGUGGACGGCCUAUCGGACAGCACAGAGGUGGUGGAGAUGGAGGACGUCCCCUCUCAGUUUUUUGUGGAGAAACACUCGUGGGAAGGACUCCGGGACAUCAUCCACUGUAGCAGAAAAUACUCGGGCAUGAUUGCCAACAAGGCUCCCCACGACUUCCAGUUUGUGCAGAAGAAGGAUGAAAAUGCUCCCCAUUCCAACCGGUUAUAUUACCUCGGGAUGCCUUAUGGAAGCAGAGAGAACUCCUUGCUCUAUUCAGAAAUCCCAAAGAAGAUCCGCAAAGAGGCUCUCUUGGUCUUGUCAUGGAAACAAAUGCUUGAUCACUUCCAGGCGACGCCACACCAAGGGGCCUACUCACGAGAAGAAGAACUGCUGAGGGAGCGUAAACGUCUUGGAGCAUUUGGAAUCACCUCUUAUGACUACCACACACAAACGGGCCUGUUCCUCUUCCAGGCUAGCAAUAGCCUGUUUUACUGUCGGGACGGAGGCAACAAUGGCUUCAUUCAGUCCGCUCCGGUAAAGCCUGUGGAGAUCAAGACCCAGUGCUCGGGCACCCGAAUGGACCCAAAAAUCUGCCCGGGAAACCCCGACUUCAUAGCCUUCGUCAACAAUAAUGACCUGUGGAUAGCUAACAUUAAGACUGGAGAGGAAAAGAGACUAACCUAUUGUCACAAAGGUGUGGAUAAUGUUAAAGAAGACCCCAAGUCUGCAGGUGUAGCAACAUUUGUCAUCCAAGAAGAGUUUGAUCGUUUUACUGGCUACUGGUGGAAUCCCUCAGCAGAAGAAGACUCAAGUGGGGGGAAAACAGUAUAUCUGCUUUAUGAGGAGGUAGAUGAGACAGAAGUAGAAAUUAUUCAUGUUCCAUCUCCAGCACUGGAAGAGCGCAAAGCAGAUGCAUACAGAUACCCCCGCACAGGUAGCAAAAAUCCACAGGCAACACUUAAAUUAGCAGAGAUCAAGACAGAUCAUCAAGGAAGAAUUGUGAGCAUGCAAGAUAAAGAACUGGUAGUCCCCUUCAUGUCUUUAUUUCCUGGGACAGAAUACAUCGCUAGAGUAGGAUGGACAAGUGACGGCAAAUAUGGCUGGGCAGUUUUGCUGGACCGCAGUCAGAGGAAAUUGCAGCUGGUCUUGCUACCUCCCGCUCUCUUCAUUCCGGUCACAGAUGAUCCGGUUCAGAGGCAGACCAAUCUGGAGGAAGUCCCCAUCAACACACAACCAUAUAUUGUCUAUGAAGAGACCACCGACGUCUGGAUUAAUGUCCAUGAUAUAUUUUAUCCAUUUAUUCAAACGUCAGAAGAAGAGUUUAUUUUCAUUUGGAUCAAUGAGUCCAAAACAGGUUUUAGUCAUCUGUAUAAAAUCACGUCCCUCUUACAACCUAGCUGCUACAAUUGGACAGAUGAUUACCAACACAUAGAAGGGCAAUUUAAAUGUGCAAUCAAAGAGGAAGUUGCAUUGACGAGUGGGGAAUGGGAGGUGCUUGCUCGGCAUGGGUCAAAGAUCUGGGUGAAUGAGAUUACAAAAUUGGUGUAUUUCCAAGGCACCAGAGACACUCCACUGGAGCAUCAUCUUUAUGUGGUCAGCUAUGACUCACCGGGAGAUGUGGUCAGACUAACCAAGCCUGGCUUCUCUCAUAGCUGCUCCGUUAGUCAAAACUUUGACUUUUUUGUCAGUCACUACAGUAAUGUGAGCACUCCUCCUUGUGUUCAUGUCUACAAACUGAGCAGCUCAGAAGGUGACCUGUUACAAAUAGCACCUGAAGUCUGGGCCAGCAUGAUGGAGUCACCAGGUUGCCCGGGAGAUUACAAUCCGCCUGAGAUUUUCGACUUUCCCGGCAAGUCUGGCUUCCAGCUUUACGGGAUGGUUUACAAGCCUCACAACCUGCAACCCGGCAGGAAGCAUCCAACUGUUCUGUUUGUGUAUGGAGGCCCACAGGUACAGUUGGUAAACAACUCCUUCAAGGGGAUGAAGUACCUCCGUCUGAACACGCUGGCCUCGCUGGGCUAUGCGGUGGUCGUCAUUGAUGGGAGGGGAUCUUGUCAGAGGGGCCUUGAAUUUGAAGGCGCACUUAAAAACAAAAUGGGUCAGGUGGAGAUUGAAGACCAGGUGGAGGGUCUUCAGUAUGUAGCGGAGAAGUUUAACUUUGUGGAUCUAAGCCGUGUGGCUAUCCAUGGGUGGUCCUACGGCGGCUUCCUCUCGCUCAUGGGGCUCAUCCAGCGUCCGAAUGUAUUUAAGUUGGCCAUUGCAGGUGCCCCGGUGACCGUAUGGAUGGCGUACGACACGGGCUACACGGAACGCUACAUGGAUGUGCCUGAGAACAACCAGCAGGGCUACGAGGAAGGCUCUGUGGCUUUGCACGUGGACAAGCUGCCCAGCGAGCCAAACCGUUUGCUGAUUCUACAUGGAUUUCUAGAUGAAAAUGUGCACUUUUUCCACACCAAUUUUUUGGUGUCACAGAUAAUCCGUGCUGGGAAGCCUUAUCAACUUCAGGUCUACCCCAACGAGCGACACAGUAUCCGCUGCCCCGAGUCCGGAGAACAUUAUGAAAUAAUGCUGCUGCACUUUCUACAACAAUACCUCUGAAACAAUACAAAAUGUCCUCCCUCCAUCUCAGCGCCUGACCUGACGCGAGGUGUCCGCCUCCUCGGUUCACACACUAAAAUCAAGUAUCCCCCUCAUCGGUCCAUUGCUCUUUCACUCUUUUCCUCACCUCUGUGUGCAGUGGGUGCUGUGCGUCACCAACACAAAUGUGGUGAACAAAGACAAGGACAUAUGGAAUAGUAUGUGCGGACUGUGUCACACUGAGUUCUAAUAUUCCCCCUCUUCUUCUUUCUCCUUAGCCUUGACAAUAUUACCCCCCCCCCCCCCAUUCUCCCUUCGAAAUCACGUGUGUCAGUAGUAGGAACGAGGUUACAGUUCAUGGAUAUGAAAAUGGAAAUCUACAUACAUCGUUGCACACAUUCUAAAUAAUAUAUGUGUUAAAAUACAGUUUAUUACAGAACAGAAACAGAACUCGCCAUGCAUAAUGUGAGCCUGUACGUUUUCGGUGUAUGUAACAAUGAAGAAAUGGAAGGAAGGCUUUUCCCGUGUCCACUUGUUUUAAGUGUGUUUAAAAUAAAAUAUUUUUAUGAAUUUUUAUUAUAAUUUUUAAUGAGAGAUGACAGAGGCCAGCCCAAUGCUCCUUUCUGUCCCGUUACAUCACAUUUGAAAUAUCUGCUUGCCUUCUAAACAUAAUUUAUAUUUGCCAAAAUACCUCUUGACUAUUGAUCAUACCGGUAUUUGCUUUUUAUUUUUUUUUUUUUUUUAGCUUUUUUUUUUUUUUUUUUACACUGCAAUACAGCCGACAGAAGGUCGAGCACUGGAGGCUUACAACAGCUUUGUACCACCAGAAUAAAAAUUUGUACUAGAUGAUGAAUAAAUGGAUGAAUCAAUUCUAUUCUUUUUUCUGUCCAUUUUGAAGUUGUGUUGGCACCCGACCUAAGAUCUGUUCAGAAAAUGCAGUGCUCAAUUUGUCAGCUUUGUCACAUGUUUGUUCUUUUCUGCCCUUCUCUAUUGUAGAGAUGGCAGUUGCCAUGGCAACAUGUUAAUAAUAGUGGUACUAAAUAAGACUGUGGGGACGUGAUUGCAGACAAUCUGCUCCCCUUUUAACAUGUCGCCUGCAUUUGUCUCUCCUUUCAGAAAGAACCAGAGUGAGUGUGACAGUUAUGUGCUUUUACAUUCAACCUGAAACUUUCCCGUUUCCUUGGCGAGAUCCAGUUACUACGCGGCGACGCGUGACGGGCUGGACGUGAACGUGCGGCGCCAAGUGCCCUGUAAGGUCAGCCAAGAGUGAGCUGCCUUUGGAUCAGCUGCUGCAGAGCUUGAUCCUCAAGCACGUUAACGGUACACCUGAUGAGGACGUGAAGGUGAUCAGGAAAAUUCAACUUGACACAGCUGAAAUGUUGAUUACUUCAAAGUUAAUUAGUUGCAGUGGUGAGAGUAACCAAGGACAAAUACUUGAAAAAAAAAAAAGUAUAUUUUCAAGUGUCUGUUUAAGUCAAACAUUUCGCAUAGCUCUAAAACAUCUACACACCAGGGCAGAGUCUGGGUCGAGUACUUUGGGUGGACUGAGCCCAUGACUGAAUAUUUAAAAGUACCCUUCUGAAAUUUGAUUGACCUUUUUAUUACUGUAUAGCUAUUUAUGUAUAUUUAAUACUUUAUAAAAGUCUGGUAUAUUGUCAGAGAAGCAUAGAGCUUUUCUAUUAUUGGGAAUACUAUAUACAUCUAUGUAAUUUUCAAGGAAGAUAUAAAUCACAACAGCAUAGGUUUAAACCCAUUUUAUUGGCUCCUCCUGAAGGCCAAAAAAGUCUCUUAAAAACACAUCGAACAUGAAAAUAUAAAUUACAGAUAUAUGAUAGUUUCUUUUGACACCAUUUAAAUAAGAAAAGCGAACAACAUGAAAAUAAAGACACAAGUAACAGUCCCAGAAGACAAACUCCUUGUCACACUAGUACAAUAACGUCGGUAAGGAAGUCAAUAUGACUUAAAAUUGUGCAAAUCUCCCUCUCAAAAGUAGUGAAGAAUAGACAUACGUGGGAAUGCUUUUCAAUGUCGUUUGGUGAAGUUCAGAGAAGGGAGCCGACAUUCGUCUCAACAGUUUUAAGCCUCGUCAGUGUACAGUGAUUUCAACUUUACAUCACAACUUCUAAACUUUAACCUCAUGCAAAUAUUGACAUUUUCUUCAUCCAGUCACAUCUUGGUCCACAACACAUAAAAAAAUAAUUAAAAAAUGCUCUAUUUUACUACCCGUUCAACUUGUUUGUGGCCGAAAGGCUGUCGUAUUUAAUUUCUUUUAGUGACAUCGGUUCUCGUCACUUUUACUUUCAUUCAUUUUGACUUCUCAACCCCUAAAAUGUCAUUUUGUUUACACAAAGCGCAGGUUGUAAUCACACAAACUCAAAAAAAUUAAAAUCAUGAGCCUAGUAGCAUAAUUGCCUUUUUCAUUUUUAACUUAGAAUUUGCUUUCUAAAAAAAAAUUUUUUUUCUUUGUCUGUGAAGAUUCUCACA